AUGGUGCUAAGCACCCCUAUUUAUACUAGUAAGUGGAGACUACAAAUAUUUCUUCUUCUUCUUGGGCUUCUUGGGUCUUGGGCUAAUGAGGGAAAAACCCAACAAUUACCACAUUUCCUUGGCUACGGAAGGGAGCAAACACUUAUCCACUGUGAUGGUCUAUUCCUCGUGCAUGCUCCUAACCGGAGUCAAUCUCACCUCUACUUGUGGAAUCCAUUCCUCGGAGACUCUAGCCAGAUAUUCCCGUGCGAUAGCAUCUUUUCGUUUGAAUACUUGGGUAUAGGUUAUCGUAAGGUCCCAGCCAAUACUCCAAGAAACUAUACAAUAUUGGGGUUCUCAGGGAAAGAUGAAGGGUCUGUGGAGAUUUUGGAUUUGGAAACUUGUGUAUGGAAGAAACUUCAAGCGAAGCUUGACUGGCUAGUUCACCCUUCUUGUCAUGGAUUAUCAAUCGGUGGUAAUAUGUACUGGCUAACCUCUAGCAACACCAUUCAACUUUUCAGUUUUACAACUGAAGAGUUCAAAAAGCUUGGUGAACUAGUGUUUGUCCACGAUGAAAAAACACAAGCCAUGUCGCUUUCUUCUCAUAAAGGAAACAGACUCUCGUUGUUACUUCAAGGUCUCACUGGAGAUAUUGCGUUUUGGGUUUCAAGCCCUCUGGAUGAUGAGAUUGUCUCGUGGACAUGCCUCCUCAAUGUUUCUGAUCCCAGAAUCCCGUCUCUAGGAGACGAUUCGGUUUAUUCUCCACAUUUCCUCGAGAAAAACGACACCAUCGUACUUCUUAGUAGAGAGAAGGAAGAACGUGAAGAGUGGGAUGAAGCUUUUCUGAAAACGGGUGAUGAAGAAGUUUCAAAAGCAUAUAUAAGCCUCCUCAAAAUCAACAAAAAAGGAGUACUUGGUCGUGUUCGCAUUGUUGAAACAUCUUUUUGGCAUCCUUUCUUUUGCGGCUAUGUAUACACGCCGAGUCUCGUCCGAGUUCCAUAUCUGCCUCACCGUCCAUCCCAUUUCAGGUCUGAGUGUUCCAGACCUUUGAAGAUCUCUUGAAGCCAGGCUCUGUCAUUGCUACCAGCGUUGGAGUUAUAGAUACCUUUCAGGUCUGAGUGAUCUCUUGAAGCCAGGCUCUGUCAUUGCUACCAGCGUUGGAGUUAUAGAUACCUUUCAGCUUGGGAUACUUUGUUUGUGUGACCUUUUGAAUUACUAUGAUUCAGACUCUUGUCUUUUCAAUUUCAAGACUUGGGUUUUUUAUUUUGCUAUUUGCCAUCGAUGUGCAUGUAUUAGAUC